CCAAACUGUUACCCUGAGUGUUACCGUCAGGAGCAAUGACAUCAGGGCUUUAAGACAACUUGUUAUUCGGGGAGUAAUCAGUCGCAAUUAGGCAUUAAUUAAGUAUUAUGAAAGUUGAUUAUUUAAGUGAAUUCGGCUUUCGACUCUCCGACUAUGAGUUUGGGACCAAAGAGAGGAGAAUGGAUCUUGGUACAGCUGAAGGCACCCGGUGCCCCGACCCGCCUGCAGGCAAGCCCGCAAUGGCGGCCAAACGCAAAGGCGGCCUGAAGCUUAACGCCAUCUGCGCCAAGCUGAGCCGCCAGGUGGUGGUGGAGAAGGGAGCGGAGGCCGAGGACAGCCCACUGCGGCCCCGGGACAAAGAGCGCGGUGGCCCUGAGUCGGGGGUGGCCCGGGCCCCCCGCAGCGAAGAGGACAAGAGGCGGGCGGUGAUCGAGAAGUGGGUGAACGGGGAGUACAGCGAGGAGCCGGCACCCACGCCCGUGCUGGGGCGGACUGCCCGGGAGGGUCUGGAGCUGCCACCCGAGGGCGUCUACAUGGUGCAGCCCCAGGGCUGCAGCGACGAGGAAGACCACGGCGAAGAGCCCCCCAAGGACGGCAGCGUCAUAGAGGAGAAGGACUCGGACGGGGCAGCCGCCAAGGACGAUAGUGGCCCCAGUGCCAAGCAGGCUUCAGGAGAGGCCUCCUCGCUGCGGGACUACGCGGCCUCCACCAUGACCGAGUUCCUUGGCAUGUUUGGCUACGACGACCAGAACACGAGGGACGAGCUGGCCAGGAAGAUCAGCUUCGAGAAGCUGCGCGCGGGCCCCACACCUGACGCGGCCGCCUCCUCCGCGCCGCCCGCCGCCUCUGCGCCGCCCACCUCCGAGGACGCCCUCAGCAAGCGGGCGCGGUUCUCCAAGUACGAGGAGUACAUCCGCAAGCUCAAGGCCGGCGAGCAGCUGUCCUGGCCGGCCCACGGCAGCACAGCCGAGGGGCGGUCCGGCAAGGAGGCCCUGGGCUCCCUGCCUGGCCUGCGGCUGCCCAGCAGCACCGCGCACCUGGAGACCAAGGCCACCAUCCUGCCCCUGCCCUCACACAGCAGUGUCCCCAUGCAGGGCCUGGUGGCCCGUGCCUCCAAGUACGACUUCUUCAUCCAGAAACUGAAGACAGGUGAGAACCUGCGGCCCCAGAACGGGAGCGCCUACAAGAAGCCGUCUAAGUACGACCUGGAGAACGUCAAGUACCUGCACCUCUUCAAACCCGGGGAGGGCAGCCCCGACAUGGGAGGGGCCAUCGCCUUCAAGACGGGCAAGGUGGGGCGCCCCUCCAAGUACGACGUCCGGGCCAUCCAGAAGCCGGGCCCCGCCAAGGCUCCGCCCACCCCCAGCCUGGCUCCUGCGCCCCUCGCCAGCGUGCCCGCUGCUCCUAGUGCCCCCGGGCCAGGCCCUGAGCCUCCUGCCUCCCUGCCUUUCAACACUCCCGAGUACCUGAAGUCAACCUUCUCCAAAACAGACUCCAUCACCACGGGGACCGUCUCCACUGUCAAGAACGGAUUGCCCACAGAUAAACCAGCUGUCACUGAAGAUGUAAACAUUUACCAGAAAUAUAUUGCCAGGUUCUCAGGCAGUCAGCACUGUGGCCACAUCCACUGCGCCUACCAGUACCGCGAGCACUACCACUGCCUUGACCCCGAGUGCAACUACCAGAGGUUCACGAGCAAGCAGGACGUGAUCCGGCACUACAACAUGCACAAGAAGCGGGACAACUCCCUGCAGCACGGCUUCAUGCGCUUCAGCCCACUGGACGACUGCAGCGUCUACUACCACGGCUGCCACCUCAACGGGAAGAGCACCCACUACCACUGCAUGCAGGUGGGCUGUAACAAGGUGUACACGAGCACGUCAGACGUGAUGACCCACGAGAACUUCCAUAAGAAGAACACCCAGCUCAUCAACGAUGGCUUCCAGCGCUUCCGAGCCACCGAGGACUGCGGCACGGCCGACUGCCAGUUCUACGGGCAGAAGACCACGCACUUCCACUGCAGGCGCCCCGGCUGCACAUUCACCUUUAAGAACAAGUGUGACAUCGAGAAGCACAAGAGCUACCACAUCAAGGACGACGCCUACGCCAAGGAUGGCUUCAAGAAGUUCUACAAGUACGAGGAGUGCAAGUACGAGGGCUGUGUGUACAGCAAGGCCACCAACCACUUCCACUGCAUCCGCGCCGGCUGCGGCUUCACCUUCACCUCCACCAGCCAGAUGACCUCGCACAAGCGCAAGCACGAGCGCCGGCACCUCCGCGCCUCGGGCCCGGGCGUCGUGCUGGGGCUGCCGCCCUCGCUGCCGGGCGCCAAGGACACGGAGCACGAGGAGUCCAGCAACGACGACCUGGUUGACUUCUCUGCCCUGAGCAGCAAGAACUCCAGCCUCAGCGCCUCCCCCACCAGCCAGCAGUCCUCCGCCUCCCUGGUCACCGCCACUGCCACCUCCGAGGCUGGGCCCAGUGCCACCAAGCCUCCCAACAGCAAGAUCUCGGGGCUGCUGGCCCAGGGCCUGCCUGGCUCCAUCCCCCUGGCGCUGGCCCUCUCCAACUCGGGCCUGCCCGGCGCCGCGCCCUACUUCCCCAUCCUUCCGGGCCGGGGCAACACCUCCCUGCCUGUGGGCGCCCCCGGCCUCAUGGGUACCAUGUCGUCAGGGACAGCGGCCUCAGUAACCCCCGACACACCCGCUCUGGCCGCCUCGGGAGCUGGCGACUCGGCCGCAGCGGCAACUGCCUCUGUCCCGGUGGCCCCCGCCUCCAUCAUGGAGAGGAUCUCGGCGAGCAAGGGCCUCAUCUCGCCCAUGAUGGCCAGGCUGGCUGCGGCCGCCCUCAAGCCCUCUGCCACCUUUGACCCAGGAAAUGGGCAGCAGGCCACCCCUGCCAGGUUCCCCCCAGCCCCGGUGAAGCAGGAGCCCGGUGAGAGUGCUGGCGCCCCAGGUCCCCACGAGGCCUCCCAGGACCGCAGUUUAGACCUGACUCUGAAGGAGCCCAGUAAUGAAUCAAAUGGCCACGCAGUCCCGGCAAAUUCAUCUCUUUUAUCCUCGCUUAUGAAUAAGAUGUCUCAGGGCAAUCCCAACCUCGGCAGCCUGUUGAACAUCAAGACAGAAGCGGAGGGGAGCCCCGCUGGGGAGGCCUCGCCCUUCCUGGGCAAGGCCGUGAAGGCGCUGGUUCAGGAGAAGCUGUCAGAGCCCUGGAAGGUCUACCUUCGCAGGUUUGGCACCAAGGACUUCUGCAACGCCCAGUGUGACUUCCUCCACAAGGCCCACUUCCACUGCGUGGUGGAGGAGUGCGGCGCGCUUUUCAGCACCCUGGACGGGGCCAUCAAGCACGCCAACUUCCACUUCCGGACAGAGGGAGGAGCAGUGAAAGGAAAUGCGGAGGCUUCCUUCCCGACCUCGGCUACUGAGACCAAACCUUCCUUGGCCCCCUCAUCCCCUCCAGCGCCUCCCGUCACCACGGCCACGGCUUCCUCUCUCGAGGGGCCCAUCCCCAGCCUGGCCGCCGUGCCCUCCAGCCCCACCCUGCUCGCCUGGAAGCAGCUGGCUUCCACCAUACCCCAGAUGCCUCAGAUUCCAGCGUCAGUGCCUCACCUGCCCACUUCGCCCUUGGCAACGACUUCUCUAGAAAACGCCAAGCCCCAGGUCAAACCCGGAUUCCUCCAGUUCCAGGAGAACGAUCCUUGCCUCGCAACGGACUGCAAGUAUGCCAACAAGUUCCACUUCCACUGUCUCUUUGGGAACUGCAAGUACGUCUGCAAAACCUCCGGCAAGGCCGAGUCCCACUGCCUGGACCACAUCAAUCCCAACAACAACCUGGUGAACGUGCGAGACCAGUUUGCGUACUACUCCCUGCAGUGCCUCUGUCCCAACCAGCACUGCGAGUUCCGGAUGCGCGGGCACUACCACUGUCUCAGGACCGGCUGCUACUUUGUGACCAACAUCACCACCAAGCUGCCGUGGCACAUAAAGAAGCAUGAGAAAGCUGAGCGGCGGGCAGCCAACGGAUUCAAGUACUUCACCAAGCGUGAGGAGUGCGGCAGGCUAGGCUGCAAGUACAACCAGGUGAACAGCCACUUCCACUGCAUCCGGGAGGGCUGCCAGUUCUCCUUCCUCCUCAAGCACCAGAUGACCUCCCACGCCCGGAAGCACAUGCGGAGGAUGCUGGGGAAGAACUUCGAUCGCGUGCCCUCCUCCCAGGGCCCCCCGAGCUUGAUGGACACCGAGACGGACGAGUACAUGGAUUAUACUGGCUGCAGCCCGGGCGCCAUGUCCUCUGAGUCCUCUACCAUGGACCGAAGCUGCUCCAGCACCCCUGUGGGCAAUGAGAGCACAGCAGCAGGCUGCCCGGCUCCUCCUCCUCCUCCUCCUCCUCCUGCUGCCGCUGGUGACGAGGCUGCCCGCGUGGCUCCGCAGCCCCCACUGACCCCAUCCUUCUCUCCGGCCGUGCUCCGGGCGCCCCUCCCCUCCCUCCCAUGCCUCUUUUCUCCACCCUGUCUCUCAUACUCUCUGCUCAGUGCCGCUCUCGGAGCCACCCGGGGCCCGGCCCACCCCAUCAGCAGCCCGCCCAGCUUCCCGCCCGUCACUGCCUCUCCAACUCCAGUAAAAAGUGACGCCCCCCUAGUUCAGGACGCUGCAGGGAACACCAUCUCCAUGCCGACAGCCUCCGGGGCCAAAAAGCGCUUCUGGAUCAUUGAGGACAUGUCGCCGUUCGGCAAGCGGCGCAAGACGGCCUCCUCGCGCAAGAUGCUGGAUGAGGGCAUGAUGCUGGAGGGCUUCCGGCGCUUCGACCUCUACGAGGACUGCAAGGACGUGGCCUGCCAGUUCUCGCUCAAGGUCACCCACUACCACUGCACGCGCGAGAACUGCGGCUACAAGUUCUGCGGGCGCACGCACAUGUACAAGCACGCGCAGCACCACGACCGCGUGGACAACCUCGUGCUGGACGACUUCAAGCGCUUCAAGGCCUCGCUCAGCUGCCACUUUGCCGACUGCCCUUUCUCGGGCACCAGCACGCACUUCCACUGCCUGCGCUGCCGCUUCCGCUGCACCGACAGCACCAAGGUCACGGCGCACCGGAAGCACCACGGCAAGCAGGACGUGAUCAGCGCGGCGGGCUUCUGCCAGUUCAGCUCGAGCGCGGACUGCGCCGUGCCCGACUGCAAGUACAAGCUCAAGUGCUCGCACUUCCACUGCACCUAUCCCGGCUGCCGCCACACGGUCGUGGGCAUGUCGCAGAUGGACUCGCACAAGCGCAAGCACGAGAAGCAGGAGCGCGGCGAGCCGCCCGCCGCCGCCUCCCCCGGCGCCGAGGGCCCCGCGCCCGGCCCGGCCGCCAGCCUGGACUGCGCGCCCCCGCCCGGCGCCGAGCCCGCCGCGGCCCUGCUCUUCCUGCCCGGCCCGGGGCGGGGGCCGGACGACGCGGGCGACUCCCGCCCGCCCGACGCCCCUGGGCCCCGCGCCGGCCCCGCCGCGGCCGGCCCCGCGGCCGGCGAGUCGUCGCAGGAGGACGACGAGGAGGAGCUGGAGCUGAACGAGGAGGAGGGGGACGACGACGAGGACGAGGACGACGAGGACGAGGACGACGACGACGAGGACGACGACGACGACGAGGACCUGCGCACCGACUCGGAGGAGUCGCUCUCCGAGGCGGCGGCGGCGGGGCCCGGGGCGCGGAGCCUGGAGCUGGCGGCCCUCGGCGCCCCCGCGCCCCCCGGCCCCGCGCCUGCCGCCGCCGCCUCCCCGUAGCCGCGGGGCCCGUGGCGCGUGGGGGGCCGGCCGCGGCCGGCGCCCUCGGGAUCUUGCCGCUUUAUUCUAUUGUUGUUGUUAUUAUUAUCAAUUUUGUAAGAAACGGUAUUUAUAUGUAAAGCUUCCCUUGUACAGAGCUAGGUGUUCGCCGCGCCCCGGCGUCGGGAGGCGCUCCGGGCCCGGGGCCGCCCCGCCGGUGCUUCCGGACCCCGAGUCCGUCUCAGGACAGAGGCGGGGGCCUCCCUCUGGUGCUCCGGGGCUGCCCCCGCGCCCACCCGCCCCGCCCGCGCGGCAGCUGGGCGGCCGGAAGGACAGAGGCUGCCCGGGACCCUCCUCAGUCGCAGUUCGGGGAUCUUCUUCAGGGAAAUAGAAGGUGCUCUUGUCCGGGGUGGGAACGAGGGGCAGUAGGCCCGGAGGGCGAGGAGGGCGGCGACCCCGGGCGGCUGCCCCACGCGCCCUCCCCGCGCCGGACCCCGGGCCCCCCGAGCACGCCGGUGGGAUUCCUCAUUGCUCAGGGCUGGGACGGGCGCCGGGGGUCGCGGCGACCCCCGCCCCUCACCACCGGAGGCGGGUCGGCACCUGCGGCACCUGGCAGGGCCUCCCAUUCGUGCAGCUAAGACCCUCCCUCCCAGCCCUGGGGGAGGGCGGGGCAGGAGGCGUCCGGCGGGCGACACUACAGGGACCGCGGAGGGAACCUCCUGUAGUCGGCAGAGCGGGGAGCUCCGGGUCACUCUGCCCCCAGCGCGGGGCCUGGUCGGGGUGUCCGUCCCGAGGGCUGGGGCCUGGGAAGGGGUGCUUCUGCUCGCUGGUGCUGGGCUGCUGGGCCCGCAGGGCGUCUCUGCCACCCAGGUGGUGAGAACAGGAAGGAUGCGACUGUUUGGGGCUUUAAUAGUCAACAUGGAAAAAAAUACGAGAAAGUUGUACAGUAUUUUUCCUGUAAAGGUUAUUAUUCUACAUAGAACAAAAGAAGAAAAAAAAAAAAGCAAGCGGGCGGCUAGAGCGCAGACCGCCUCCGGACCAGCCCUGAGGUUGGAGACCCGAGUGCAAUUGCUCACGUGGGGUUUUGUUUAGCGUUUAAGAGGCCUUACCAGUUUGAGGCUGUCCGUCUUUACACUAGCACUGAUGGGAGCUGCGUGAUUCCAACUUUUAACUUGAAUUUCGUAGAGACAAGAAAAAAAGACUGUUAUUACUGAUACAAGUUUGUAGUUAAUUUGAGUUUUUCUCUAUUGGUUAUGCGUGUGGCUUUAUAGGGCUUUUUCUUCCCAGUUUGUUUUAUUAUUUUCUUCGGGAUACUUCUUUGCUGGUGCAACCCACCCGGAUUUGGUUCCUUUUGCAAAUCCCAGCCCCCCCACCCCUGCCACCCUCCCUCAGCAAUGAGGUCACCGAGUCCAGAGCCAGCCUGGGCCCACCUGGCAGGUACGUGCCCAGCCAAUGGCUCUGAGGGCGACAGGGACGGAGGGGCAGGCUGCCCAAGGCCGCUCCUGUUCAUCUUCACUCCAGGCCGGGCCACCAGCCCUGUCUCAGGUUGGGCCCUGUGACAUGGCCACAGGGAGAGUGCGAGGCCCAGCCUGGGGGAGGGGC